AUGACAGCGGUGGUGGAACUUCAAGGCUUGGUGAAGGAACCCAGCCUAGGCCUGCAUGGGCGGUUCCACUCCCGUCCUAGGGGGCCGGCGGGGGCAUUCCUGAUUCCCUACGUGGUGUUUUUUAUUUGUUGUGGAAUUCCUGUUUUUUUCCUGGAAACGGCUCUGGGCCAGUUCACGAGUGAAGGUGGCAUUACAUGUUGGAGGAAAAUUUGCCCUUUAUUUGAAGGCAUUGGCUAUGCAACACAGGUGAUCGAGGCCCAUCUAAAUGUGUAUUACAUCAUCAUCUUGGCGUGGGCCAUUUUCUACCUGUGCAACUGCUUCACCACUGAGCUCCCCUGGGCCACCUGUGGGCAUGAGUGGAACACAGAGAAAUGUGUGGAGUUCCAGAAACUGAACAUGAGUAACCACAGCCAUGUGUCCCUGCAGAAUGCCACCUCUCCUGUCAUGGAGUUUUGGGAGCGCCGGGUCCUGGCCAUCUCGGAUGGGAUUGAGCACAUUGGGAACCUCCGCUGGGAGCUGGCCUUGUGUCUUUUGGCAGCCUGGACCAUCUGCUACUUCUGUAUCUGGAAGGGAACCAAGUCCACAGGAAAGGUUGUAUAUGUCACUGCGACAUUCCCCUAUGUUAUGCUUCUGAUUCUCCUGAUCCGAGGGGUCACGUUGCCUGGGGCCUCCGAAGGCAUCAAGUUCUACCUGUACCCUGACCUCUCCAGGCUCUCCGACCCACAGGUCUGGGUAGAUGCUGGAACGCAGAUCUUUUUCUCCUAUGCCAUCUGCCUGGGUUGUCUGACUGCUCUGGGAAGUUAUAACAAUUAUAACAACAACUGCUACAGGGACUGCAUCAUGCUCUGUUGCCUGAACAGUGGCACCAGCUUUGUGGCUGGCUUUGCCAUCUUCUCGGUCCUGGGCUUCAUGGCGUAUGAGCAGGGGGUGCCUAUUGCUGAAGUGGCAGAGUCAGGCCCUGGCCUGGCCUUUAUCGCUUACCCCAAGGCUGUCACCAUGAUGCCUCUCUCCCCACUGUGGGCCACCUUGUUCUUCAUGAUGCUCAUCUUCCUGGGCCUGGACAGCCAGUUUGUGUGUGUAGAAAGCCUUGUGACCGCCGUGGUGGACAUGUACCCCAAGGUCUUCCGGAGGGGCUAUCGGCGGGAGCUACUUAUCCUGGCCCUGUCAAUCGUCUCCUAUUUUCUGGGCCUCGUGAUGUUAACAGAGGGUGGCAUGUACAUCUUCCAGCUCUUUGACUCCUAUGCCGCCAGUGGGAUGUGCCUUCUCUUUGUGGCCAUCUUUGAGUGUGUCUGCAUUGGCUGGGUGUAUGGAAGCAACCGCUUCUAUGAUAACAUCGAAGACAUGAUUGGCUACCGGCCAUUGUCACUCAUUAAAUGGUGCUGGAAGGUCGUGACCCCCGGGAUCUGUGCGGGCAUCUUCAUCUUUUUUCUGGUCAAGUACAAGCCUCUCAAAUAUAAUAACAUCUACACCUACCCCGCCUGGGGCUAUGGCAUAGGCUGGCUUAUGGCCCUGUCUUCCAUGCUCUGCAUCCCCCUUUGGAUCUUCAUCAAGAUGUGGAAGACAGAGGGGACACUGCUUGAGAAAUUCCGGAAGUUGGUGAUCCCCAGUGCUGAUCUGAAAAUGAGGGGCAAGCUUGGGGCAGGCCCACGGACGGUGAUGGUUAAUGACUGUGACACCAAACUCAAGGGCGAUGGGACCAUUGCAGCCAUCACAGAAAAGGAGACGCACUUCUGAGUUGUCCACCCACCACCUCGGAUGCCUCUGCUUCCUUCUCCUUCCCGUGUGUAUAAAUGAAUACCUGAAAAACGUACUUCACCUAAUGAUAGAGGCUUGCUCCUUUUGCACAGGACUUAUUAACAAGUUAAUUUUAAGGUGGCCAUGUACACUCUGGUUUAAAGUCACAUUCCCCUCCUCGCUCGCCCCCAAUCAUCAUGUAAGUAACAUUUUGAAGAGUUAAUACUGUACAGGGACUAGCAGAAUCUUCUUGUGCUAGGACGGUUUUAACCAGUGUUUUCUAGAAGAAAUGUAUCAUAUCGUCAAAUUUUUAUACUCAGGCUGUGAACAGGUGGGGUAGGAGUGAUUCCUGUCCUCCUCUGUCAGCCUUUUAAUCAGUCAGUCCAUGUCCCCUGUUUGUCCCUGACCUUUGCUGCUCUCCCUCCUCCACAUCCCCAGGGGUGGGGGGCUUUUCCUUCAAACCCUUCCUUUCCCAUCCCCAACCUCUUAGCAGUGAAGUGGGUUUGCAGACAGCAAGGCUAUGUCAGAGAAGAAAAAGUUCCACCGGACUCAGGACUCCGGGGUUGCAGGCACACAUCCACCCUGAGCCUACUAGGUGACCUUGGGCACUCCCUUGCACUCCCUGGGCCUCAGUUCCCCUGUCUCCUAAAUGGGAGGGUGGGAUCAGGUGAUCUGGAGGCCUUUCUGGGCCUGGCGGCAUCUCUUGGAGAUUCUCAUUGCAUGCCUCGCUGGCUUGCAGACCUGCCGUUCAUCUUGGGCUCUUCUGAAGACUCUCAGGCAGUCUCCUUGCACCCACCCUCCACCUGCUUAUUUUAAAUCAGGUUUAUCAUGGGAACAAUGUGGUGGUGAUGUGUGUUUUCCCCAAAACUUGAGUUUGUUUUCAUCCAUGAGCGGUCCGUUCUCUGGAGAUCAGCCAGGUCCUGGCCCCAUGUCAGGCCCUCCUGCUCCGUCUGCUCUAGCCCUCAGCUCUGCCCCAUCCUCCCCGGAGCUGGCUCGAGUUGCCUGGGGGCUGGUUUUGGGA